CGCAAGAGUUUCGGGCCUUGGCGGCGGAGAUGGGGAUCUCGAAGAAGCCGCAGGCGGACGGCAAUUCGUCGGAGUCGGAAAUCGUCAAGAAGUGGGUCGUGUCCGGCGUCGCGGUCAAGGCGAUGAAGCCGAUAAGCACGAGGGCGAGGUCGAGGGACGGCGGGGGCGGGGGCGGGGAUGAUGGCGACGACGCGGAGGCGGCGGGGCGUUCGACGACCCCGACGGCGAAGGAGGCGAGGAUACCGGAGAAGCUGCCGUGCCCGCCCGCGCCGCGGAAGAGGAGGCCGCCUUCCUCGGCCUGCCACAUGCUGAGCGGCGCGAGGGAGUUCUUCAACCCGCCGGAUUUGGAGACCGUGUUCAAGCGCCAUGUGGAGAGGGCCAAGUGACUCUUGAGGCGGCUGGAGUGUAGUUUAGAGUUUAGAUCAACUUUGUUUAGGAUAGGCUUUGCUCUGUUUUUU